GCCACCUAACUUCAUAUUCGCGCCACCAUAAACUCUUUCUCUUCACAGUCAAGCGACAUGGAUGAUUUGUUACCCUCGUACGAGAGCGCUAUUGAACAGAAUCCAUGGGAGCUUGUUGCCAAAUAUCUCCCUUCAGACGACCUCUGUUCUGCUGCAUUAGUCUGCCAGAAAUGGUUCGAAAUCUUCACACCUCGGCUUUGGGGUAACCCCGCUUCUCAUUUUGGAGUCCAGAAUGAUACAGUAUAUGUCGCCCUGACCCGCUUCAAACGCACAUUAUUCUGGUCUCGACUCUGUGUCCGAGAAUUGACGCACACCCUUCACCUCCCUCCGGCCCAUGCUGAAAUCUAUGGUGGCCCACACUGCGAGUGGCUUCGCGAUUGCCUUGAGCGUCUCCCGAAUCUUCAGUGCCUUAUCGUGAAUGGCCUACCAUUCUUUGACCACGCCUCCUUACUUACCUUGCGCCACUCGAGUCUGUGGUGGAGGUCGAAUCAUCCCAGCGCAUUCCCAGUCUUUGGUCUACGCCUAUUGGACGCCUCAGGAUGCUCGAAUGCAACCUCUACCGGUCUCUCAGAGGCUCUAACGCACUUCCCAGAUUUAGUUUCUCUAGAUCUGUCUCGGACUAUUGCGGCAAAAGAUGAGACUGUGCUCAGCAAGCUCAAAUUUCUGCGAAACCUGCGUGUCCUAAAACUGAGAGGCCUUGGACUUAGGGAUUCGGAUUUCUCCAUUAUUGCUAUCUCCGUCGGCACCCGCGUUAGAAGUCUCGAUGUUCGUGAAAAUCAUCUCACAGAUGGCAGUGCCCGACUUCUUCUCAAUCAUUGCUUGAAGGAGACUAGCAACGAUUUCCUAAGGCCUCGGUCGCCGCUUCCACCAGUCCGGCACAGUAGACCUCUUGGCGAGACUGAUAUCUUUGGGACCGAAGAUCUUGACGCUCAUCUACGGAAGAAGCUAACGCAGGGUUUCGUCGGCAGCCUUGCAAUAGAAGAAGCUAGAGAUGUGGGAGUCACACAUUUAUAUCUUUCAAAGAAUUCCGUGACGGUAGAGGGGUUUUCUGGCUUGCUAAGAUCAAGAAGAUUGCAAGUUUUGGACAUUGGGACACCUCCUACUGUGUUGCAAAGGCCACAAAAUUUACUAGAGGAAGAGGAAGAGGAGGAUGAAGAUCUUAUUUUACCUGGCGUUGAGAAACUCACACCAGUCUUAGCUGAAUACGCUGCCGAGAGGAUGGUAUACCUGAGAAUCAACUACGCAGUUGUCACAGAAGAUGCUCCAGUGGACAGAGUUCCUUCCCUACGAGCAGAGCUGGGCGGAGAUCUGGCAAAGUAUACGCCAUCUGGUGCUCACGAACUCGAGGCCACCGAGCCACCGCAGCCCGAACUAGAGUCUACGGACAACGCCAUUUACGAGCUCCCAGGCGAUCUCGUGCGGCCAGUUGAGCUUCCUCUAUCUUCGCCACUUACUGAAGCUACACAAACAUCGCAAGAGAGCACUUCUUUAACUAAAGACGUUAGGGAAUCAAUGAAGGUAAAGCGCGCGAGGACUCCCACGAUCGAGGUGACUCCAGAGAAGCGAGAAAUCAAGAGAGGCCCAGCCUACGCUCCAGAGCCGGUGUGGAGCAAACUUCCACUCUCACCCGUAAGCCCGAUACUGGAUAUUAGUGGGGGGCUAUCUCCAAUUGCCAAUUUUAUGGACGGGGCAACGCGAACAUCUUCCGUGAGCAGUGACGAGGAACGGCAGACGAUCACUAAGCCUCGACAGAACUCAACAUAUUACGUUGAAGACCGACGGGCACGCCUCGAUCUACGACAAGCAAAAGAAAACCGGUUCCAUCCUGGAAUGAUUCCAAAGGCCCAUACUCUAGUCUUGACAGAUGUACCAACAACCACUGAAAACCCGGAGAUAGUUCGUCGUCUGAUCCAGUUCAUUAAAGAUUGUGCUGAAGAAGCAUACAUUGCAAGACUCCGAGCGAAACACACGUAUGCCCUACCGCCUGGAAGAAGUCGCACAAUUGCUGAACGAGAGUACGCCCGAAGUUUAUUCGCAUUGCGUCGCAUUGUGUUUGAGAUGUCCCCGCCACAGGCGGCACCCAAAAAAAUCUCAACAAGCUGGCGUCAAUAUCCUACGAAGUCAUCGACCGAGGACGCGGACUCUGAAGCGUUUUGGGAAGCUGCCACUCAUGACUUCUCCUUCUUUGGGGAUGAAGAAUGCGGCCUACCAAAUGCUGAGCCGGGUCGCCACCUACCACUCACAGCUAUGAGCGGCUUGAUGUUAGCACCGCACCGACCGGCCCCUGCACCGAAGUCUCGUCAGCCCAACGACGAUUUCAGACCUGUUUUUGACGUUGUCUCCGAGAUUGCAAGAUUCCGGAACGAUAGGAAAGCUGUGUAUCAUGGGGCAAUGCAGUAUGGUGAACAAGAUCCUUUCGUGGAGGACUACUGGCCUGGAGACAUAUCAGUUGUUAGAAAGCCUAUCGACUCGGAUCCAGGACACGUGGACUAUUACGGAAAUCGAUACGAGUCGGGGUAUUUGUAUCGAUGAUGAUGCCUAGCCGUUACGUGUUCGAGGGUAGGUUUAUUUCAUAUCCGAAUGAAAGCGUGGUAGGGCCUGUGCUCAUGUACUGCGUCUUUUCACCUGACGCGGAACAUAACAAG